AUUUUUUUUACUCGUUUUUUUUUUUCAUUUUAUUUAAUUCCUUCGGAACGAAACGAACGACGGUAAAGUGGAAUCCGCGUUGAAAAAAAAACCAAAGAGAAAAAAGAACCGUCGAACAAAUAAAUAGAGAAUGGAACCCAAAUCGAAAUCAGAAUUGAUAACGAAGCUCGGCCCGUUGCUGCGAAAAUUCGAGAAGGACGAAGGCCUCGAAAUCACCGACGCCGAAGAGGAAGCCGCUUGCAAAAUUGGCGACAAUUACAUCGGGAUUUUGAUGCGAACGACCGUGAAGGGGACACGUGGAAAUGGAGCAAGUUACGGAAAGACGGUGAUGAUCAAGUACCUGCCUCAUCACCGCGAGAUAAAGGACUUGAUAGGGACACCAGCUUUGUUCCAAAACGAGAGUCAUUUUUACGAGAAUAUCUUACCCGUGAUGGGAAACGUUGGUCCGAUUUGCAUCCACGCGGAAAAAGAUUUAAUCGUCAUGGAGGACCUCGGACCCUUGGGAUACGUCGUUCAACCCCGUAGGGACCUGCUGGACUUCGAUCACUGCCUCGCGAUGAUCCAGACCUUGGCGCGCCUCCACGCCGGCGGUUUGGCCUUGAAGUUGAAGAAUCCCGCGGCGUUCUCGGAGCUGGUAAGCCCUUUGGAGGAAGCACUGUUCCCCCAGAGCUCGAAGAAGUCAUUCGGGAUGACCGUUGACCUCAGUCUGGCUUCGGCGAUCGCCCAACUCGAGUGGAUCGAACCACGGAGCGACGAACUCGCCGAAGGUAUCGCCUUCCUGAAGACCUUGGUCGAAGGGGCGUACGCGAUUUUGCAGGAAUUGGUGAGACCUGGAAAAGGAAAGUACGACGUCAUCACCCACGGGGAUUGUUGGAUAAACAAUAUUAUGUUCAAACACGAUUCGAGUUCGAAAAUUGCUGACGUUAAACUGGUGGAUUAUCAAAUAUCGAGGCACGUUUCCCUCGCCAUAGAUUUCCACUACUUCGUCUAUUCCAGUGCCAAGGACGACGUGAUAAAAGAAAGAUACGAAGAUCUGGUGAACGCUUAUCACAAAACCCUCGCUCAAACUUUGCGAGAAAAAUCGAUUCCUCAAAGACACCUGAACCACCUCACCGUCGACUGGUUGAAAAGUGAACUCGAAACGUACGCCAAAUAUGGAUUGAUCACUUGCCUUUGGAUCAGCAGCGCUGUUCUAGCCGAGGAAGACGAAGUCAUUAACAUGGACGACGUUUCCGCCGAUAUUAUGGAACUAUGGAAAAAAAAGGAAUUCAAACCAGCCCCAAAACUUGCCCACAGAUUAAAAUUCGUCCUUCUCGACUACAUGAAGAGAUAUCAUGUCUAAAGAGAGAAAAGAAAAACAAAGAAUUCGAUUAGAAACUAGACAGACAUUUUUCGGUAACAUUCCCAUGUGAAAUUUGUACGGUACAUUUAUAUAUCCAAUGCGAAAUGUUUGUUCAAAUGCGAGUACAGGGAGAUUCAAAAGAGGUGUCCCAACGAGGGGUGACCAAGCGACGUCACGUGAGCGCGACAACGAUAAAACGCUUAUUGGUGAAUCGGCGUCAUCUGGCUGUUAAUUGGCUACCGAGCGAAACGUGACGUCGAUCAGUCUCCGCCUACUCGUACACCUCCGUUGAAACUCACCCUGUACAUCAGAAAAUAUGCUUUAUCGAUUUUAAAAGAUUUAACAGCUAAAAAUUGGCUCAUGGUUUCGCUGUUUUUUCAACUAUUUGUGUCUACCACGAUAGAGUACAAGCCUCAGUUCGGAGGGUACGGUGGUCCGAAUCGAUGUUUUUUCGAGCUGGCAAAAUCACCGAUUCUUCGGCGAUAUAAUAAAGUUCAUUGAACGCGCA